CAUGAUGGCCCUCAUCAAACGCAACACCACCAUCCCCACCAAACAGACCCAGACCUUCAGCACCUACUCAGACAACCAGCCCGGUGUCCUGAUCCAGGUCUAUGAGGGAGAGAGGGCCAUGACAAAAGACAACAACCUGCUGGGUAAAUUUGAGCUGACAGGAAUCCCACCUGCACCACGUGGAGUCCCGCAGAUUGAAGUGACCUUUGACAUCGAUGCCAAUGGAAUCCUAAAUGUGUCUGCGGUGGACAAAAGCACUGGAAAAGAGAACAAGAUCACCAUCACCAAUGACAAGGGCAGACUGAGUAAAGAGGAGAUUGAGAGGAUGGUGCAGGAAGCAGACAAAUACCAAGCUGAAGAUGAUCUGCAAAGAGAGAAGAUUGCUGCCAAAAACUCUCUGGAGUCUUACGCCUUCAACAUGAAGAACAGUGUGGAAGAUGAGAACCUGAAAGGAAAGAUCAGUGAGGAUGACAAGAAGAACGUUAUUGAGAAAUGUAACGAGGCUGUCAGCUGGCUAGAGAACAACCAGCUGGCUGAUAAGGAGGAGUAUGAACAUCAGCUGAAGGAGCUGGAGAAAGUCUGCAAUCCAAUCAUCACUAAACUGUAUCAGGGAGGGAUGCCAGCUGGAGGCUGUGGAAAUCAGGCACGUGGAGCAUCAGGGGCCGGUGCUCAGGUGCCCACUAUUGAAGAGGUGGAUUAAAGUUAUGGACUUGUCACUUUGUCUUUCAUAUCUCACGUGACAAUUUGAUCAAGGAUUUUUUAUAUGAUAUUGCUGUUUUUAUAUUCCUGUUUUGUUAUUUAACCACAAGCCACUUUAAU